GAAUAAAAAACAUUAUUCCAAAAAAAUCCCCCAUAUUCUUCUCCCCUAACUUCCUCCCCACGCCCCUACUCCCACUCACCCCACCCCACCCCACCCUCUUCUUAUGUGCUCCUCCCUGUCUGUUUUCUGAAUACGACUCAUAACAUCAUCAAACCCAAAAUAUCCAUAGUCAGAUCUAACAAAAAUGCUCCCCUGUACGUCGUCGUUUCAUUCAAAUUCUUCGCCAUCCUCCAUAGAUCUACUAAUGUAAAUUCCAAAGAGAAUAUAUAUACACAAUACUUAAUUUUCCCGAGAUUUCUUCGUUAAUUUAUUCUUCAUGGAUUUGAAUGAAUUCCGAUUAAUUCUAUCUGAAUCCAAAGUCGAUAUAUGGACGAUGAUUAACGCGGCGAUUUCCGUCGCUGCCGUUGACUUUGCCGAUGAAUUAAAAAAUCGCCGUGACGGAAUUGUUGAGAAACUGUAUUCCACGCGCUCACGGAGCUGUAACAACAACGACGUUGUUAAUGGUCAGCAUAGCUUAGAAGAUAACCGGAGAGUUACGGUGAUGAAUAAGAGUCCGUUAACGUUAACGCCAGAGUCAAAUCAUCGGGAAAAUGAUGAUGAUAAUAAUAAUAAUAGUAAUGAUAAGAAUGAUGAUGAAGAGGAAGAUGUAGAUCCAUAUGGAGGGUUGUUUGAUGAUGAACAAACUCAAAUUCUUACUAUCAAAGAACAACUUGAAGAUCCACAGCUGUCGGAUGAGGAUGUGGUUGAAUUGCUUCAAAAUCUAGCAGACAUGGAUAUUACAUUUCAAGCUCUUAAGGAAACUGAUAUUGGAAGGCAUGUGAAUCGAUUGAGGAAGUAUCCAUCAAAUGAAGUUAGGAGAUUGGUGAAGAUGCUUGUGAGAAAAUGGAAAGAAACUGUUGAUGAUUGGGUUAGGCUCAACCAACCGGAGCAACACGUGUCUGCAAAUCUUAUUGCUGCUGAUGGAGACUCGCCCCAACAGAAUGUACCGAAGAAUCAACAGAACGGUAGUCAUCAGGUUCCUGACUUCACAUACUCACCGAAUCCUAGAAAUGGGAGUUCAAGUUCAGACAGGAAUAAUUCAGAAUCAGAGUACAAGCCUAAACCAGUUCCCCAGCGGAAUGUAACCCCUACUAGACCGCUGCAGUCUGCUCCUAAACCUGCUUCUGCUCCUCCCCCAAGUCGACCACCUCCUCGAGAAUCAGCGAUAGAUCUUGAGAAGUUGAAUUCAGCAAGGCGUCGGCUUCAGGAGAAUUACCAAGAAGCACAAAAUGCUAAAAAGCAAAGGACAAUACAGGUGAUGGAUAUUCAUGAGAUUCCAAAACCAAAGAACGGCUUCUUUGCCAAGAAUAAAGGCGGCUUUCAGGGCAGGCAUCAUCGUUGAUUUUUGUCAGAAAAAAAAACAAAGAAAGCCAAGCCCCCCUUCCUUCUCUGUGUGUACAACAGUAGUACUACUACUGCUCCUCAGCAAUCUUGGUCUUAAAGUUUAAAAACUCUUCUUCUGCAUCUUUUGUGAUAACAGGAUUUUACCUAACUGGGUCAUCCCUGUUACUACUACUACCUUUACCUUUUCAAUCAAAAACAGUUUAGUA